CCACAACCUUAUCUUCUGAAAUCUGCAGGUACCCACAACCAAUUAUUUCAGCACAUUUUGUGAGUGGUUUCUCAAAAUGGCAACGUAAAUUUGUCGAUAGCUUUCUCUCUUCCUCCCGAUCCCUCCCCUCACCGACCCCAAAUAAACGUUUCUGCGAUUUGAGGGUUGAAAAAUAAGCAUAAAUGGCGGACAGUGUUGUUACUUUCCUCCUACAGUACUUGCCCCGGCUGCUCGCAGAAGAAGCAAAUCUCCUUCGUGGAGUGAAGGGUGAAGUCGAUUCAAUUCAUUUGGAGCUCAAUCUGAUUAAUAUCUUCCUCCAGAACUCCUCCGAAGGGAAAAGGAAGGAGCAUGGGAUAGUGAAGGAGGUAGUUAGGCAAAUCAGGGAUGCUGCUUACGAGGCUGAGGAUGUUAUCGACACGUUCAUCCUUAACGCCGCAGAGCAGAGGAUGAGAAACAGGAUUUGGAAGCUGUUGCACUGCUUUAACGACAUCAAAACGUUUCAUGUUGUUGCGAACAAGAUACAAGGUAUCAACAAACAAAUCAAUCAAAUCUUCGACAAUUUCAACAAGUAUGGCAUUGACCGUGCUGAAACGAGUGGAGAUGCGGCGGCAGAGGACCAGCUACGCAGACGUAGGCGAGAAGCGGAGGAACAGCUACGCAGACGUAGGCGAGAUGUGGAGGACAAUGACGUGGUUGGCUUUGAUGGCGGCUCCGACAAAUUGGUGAGGCAGCUUAUUGAAGGGAGUUCAAAGCUUGAUGUCUUUUCAAUCAUCGGCAUGGGUGGGUUGGGCAAAACCACUCUUGCCAGGAAAAUCUACAAUAAUGACCACAUCAAGAGUCACUUUCCUUACCGUGCGUGGGUGAAUGUAUCUCAAGAUUUCAACCCCAUUGAGUUACUACUUGAAAUUUUGCAGUCCCAAAUGUCAAAACCUGAUAGAGAUGAGUUGACAGAAACACUCGAAGAUAUGAGCAAAGAUGAAUUGAAAAUGGAGUACGUAGUAAAGAAGCUUUUUGAAUACUUGCAAGCUAAGGAGAGGCCAUUCCUUAUAGUCAUGGACGACAUUUGGGAAACUAAAGUCUGGGAUGUGAUAAGAUCUGCAUUCCCAGACAACUUGAACGGAAGCAGAAUAUUAAUCACUAGCCGAGUAAGAGAAGUGGCUUUACAUGCAAGCCCUAAGGAUCCCUACUUCCUUCCAUUUCUUGACAAAGAUGACAGCUGGAAACUUUUUCGUAAAAAGGUUUUCCGGGGAGAAGAAUGUUCUCACGAGUUGGAACUUAUGGGGAGACGAAUCGUAGAAGGUUGCGGCGGCUUACCACUUGAAAUUGUGGUAUUAGGGGGUGUUUUAGCAAACCAAGAGAAGACAUUGCGAAUAUGGUCGAAUGUGAUUGGUGAUGUAAAUUGGUACCUUAAUACUGAGAAAACAAAAAUAUGCAAAGACAUUUUGGCCUUAAGCUACACCCACCUAUCCCGUCACUUGAAACCAUGCUUUUUGUAUUUUGGUGUAUUUCCAGAAGACUUUGAGAUCUCUGUGAGGCGAUUGGUCCGAUUGUGGAUAGCUGAAGGAUUCAUACAGAACACCGGCAGAAGAAGAAUGGAGGAUGUUGCAGAAGACUACUUGGAAGAGCUUAUUGAUCUAAGCUUGAUCCAAGUGGCUAGCAGGGAGGAGAAUGGAAGAGUAAAGACAUGCCGCAUUCAUGAUCUUUUGCGAGAUCUCUGCAUAUCCGAGAGUGCUGAAGAGAAGUUUCUUGGGGUUCUUACUGAUGAUAACCUUUUAUCCGCAAACAAAUCCCGCAGACUUUCCAUCCAAGGUAACUCUUCUGAUAUGUAUAUUUCUUCAAACCCCUUUGACAGUGCAUGCACCCGUUCUUUGUUUUGCUUUGACCGAGGGGAAAGUGAUGAGUUUAAUGGAAAGCACAAGAAAUGGAUCGAGGAAAACUUCAAGUUGCUUAAGGUGCUUGAUCUAGAGGGUGUUAAGCUACCUAAACUGCCUAAGAAUCUGGGGAAAAUGUAUCAUUUAAGGUACUUGGGUUUACGACGGACUUACUUGCGUACCCUGCCCCCCUUUGUUGGUAAGCUGCCCUACCUCGAGACAUUGGAUCUGCGUGAAACCGAACUGAGAUCUCUACCCAAUUCUGUUUGGAAGAUGAAACACCUUCGGCAUCUGCAUCUUAAUUAUAGCAUACACAUGCCUGUGGGGAAAGACAGUAUUUGUCUUACUAGGCUCCAGACAUUAUGCGGAAUAAUUGUGGACAAGAAGAGUCAAGUGAAGAACGGUUUGGAUAGAUCAAUCAAUCUCAGGAAACUGGAUCUGGAAUUUCGUUUAGACUCCGUUGACGAAUUAAUUGAGUGUUUUGCAAGUCUGAAAGGACUUGAAUCUUUGAGUUUAAGUUCCAAGAACAGGGAUGGUCGAGUUUCAAAGCUCGAAUUAAAGCCUUUGUCAAGCCUUGAGAAUCUCACCGACCUGUAUUUGAAUGGAAACUUACCAGCGCUACAAAAUGACUACUUUCCGCACAGUAUUAUAGUUCUUACUUUGUGGGAAACAAAGCUGGAAAAUGAUCCCAUGCCAAUUCUUGCGAAGCUGCCAAAUCUUUCUGUCCUUUGGCUAUUGUCUCAUUCCUACACUGGAAAGGAAAUGGUGAGCCCGAGUGGAGGCUUCCCUAAGCUUCGCAUACUGAAACUCUUGGGGCUAUGGGAUUUGGAGACAUGGACAGUGGAGGAAGGAGCAAUGCCGGAUCUCAAUGAAUUGGACAUCGGAUUCUGUCACAAGCUGAAGGAACUUCAAGACCAAUCGUCCAACGUAUGGGCUUCUACGAAAGUAGUUUUAAUGAACAUGCCAAAUGAAUUCGUAGAGAAUGUUAAAGCCAAACAUCCCAGCAGCUUAAUCAUCAUAUGAGAUUUACAGUCAGGAAAAUGUGAAGCAGGUUUGACGCUUGUAUGGUCACUCAUCUAUUUGCUUUCAGAAGAUUUCUGGCCUGUCUUAAAACCUUGGAAUUAGAUCUGUCCCCCUUUCCCCGUAAUUUGCAUAGAAAAAAAAAAAAAAAAAAUCUUGGAAGACAACCCUGAUGACUCAAGGAGCUGCCACCUGAACACCAAAUUAAUGCUAAUUAAUUGUCGUCGUUUUAUGUUGUUGCUAUUAUUGUUGUAAUUAAUUGUCGUUCUAUGUUGUUGCUAUUAUUGUCGUAAUUGAUUUUGUUGUUCUAUGUUGUUUUGUAAAACAGCACUGCUCUUGUCUUGUUGGAUACAUUAAUUAUAUUAUAGCCUUUUCUUUGAGGCAGUAAUAUAUUCUCAUAAUAAUUCUUUAGCAGUUGAAAUUUCUCUCA